AUGAACCUGACUUCCCAGCUCUCCGAGGCUCGGAAAUGGCUCAAGCGGGACUUGGCCUACGAUCAGAAUCAGGAUGUCAACACCUUUGAGACAACUAUCCGCAUGCUUGGCGGACUCCUGUCCGCGCACUACUUGUCGACUCAACUUCCUGACAUACCAUCACGCCAUGACCAUGUUUACCUCGAAAAAGCAAUUGAUCUCGCAGACCGUCUACUGGCUGCCUAUGAUUCGCCGGCUGGAAUUCCUUAUUCCAGUGUGAACAUUGGUACUCGACAAGGUCUCAAAUCUCAUACUGACAACGGAGCGUCGUCGACUGCUGAAGCCACAACUCUUCAGCUCGAGAUGAAGUACCUUGCUAACCUCACGGGAAAUGGAGUCUACUGGGAAAAGGCCGAAAAUGUCAUGCAGGUGGUUGAUAAUCAUCGCAAGCCAGAUGGCUUAUUACCCAUCUUCGUGAGUCCUGGUACUGGUAACUUCCGCUCCAGAAUAAUUCGUUUAGGAAGCCGCGGCGAUUCUUAUUACGAAUAUUUGGCAAAUCAAUAUUUGCAGACCCACGAACCAAUCUAUGCCGAGAUGUGGGAAGAGGCUCUAGCUGGUAUCCAAAAACACAUGAUUACCACCACCAAGCAUUCCAAUCUUCAAAUUGUGGCCGAGCUUGAAAAGGGCGUCGGGGGGGAAGUUAACUUCCAAAAUGGACCAUCUCCACGGAAGCUCCCCACUUGGAGUCCCCAAAAGGAAGAGCAGAUGGAGCUUGCUAGAGAGCUCACAAAGACUUGCUGGGCAAUGUACGCUGUCACAGAAACAGGCUUGUCACCCGAGAUCGUGUGGUUUAAUGUCGAGGAUCACAAUCUCGAGCCUAACCCUGGCUCGAGGAUGAAAAACAAGAGCAGCGAUGAUCUAGAAUCUUGGCAAAAGGACUUCAAGAUCAAGUCUGCUGAUGCUCACAACUUGCAGCGUCCAGAAACCGUGGAAAGUCUUUUCUUGUUAUUUCGGGUCACAGAAGACCCCAUCUACAGAAAAUGGGGGUGGAAAAUUUUCCAAUCGUUCAAAGAGCAUAUGCUUGUACCCAGCGGGGAGGGCUAUACUUCUUUGGAUGAUGUGACUACAAUCCCUUCACCACCGCGUGACAACAUGGAGAGUUUCUGGCUGGUAAUCAAGACCCCCUCUUUGUGGACCGGCAAUUAG